AUGGAUGGUCGCCCCUUGCCGCAUUACAGGGCUGUGUCGGAAGCAACGCGCCAGCGCGAGACGUUCAAAUAUGACCCGACACUCUUGUCGAAUUCCAAGGUCAACAACGCGGGCGUCGCUCUGCCAAGCUCUGAUCUGACGCCAUCGCGAGACUUGGUCUUGACCGCCCUUGCUCAGCUGGCCGUCUUCCAGACGGGCACAGAAAGAGCCUUCAUCUCCCUUUUUGACGUGGAGCAUCAGUAUUUUGUCGCUGAAGCAACUAGGACGCUGCUCACUUCACCAGAUGACUCCGAUCUGGGGCUUUGGAUGGUUGGUACCGCCAUUCCUCGUGCACACAGCACUUGCGAGUAUACUCUUCUCGAGUCAGAUCGCCUUGAGAGAGCGCGCGAGCACGCAAUCCUCACAGACCCAUCUCAGUUUGACCAUUGCGAAAAUGAUGGCGAUUCAACCCAGCUGCCGGUUCUCGUGGUCCCCGAUCUCUCUACUGACGAGCGUUUCAAGAUGAAGCCGUACUGCCGACCUGGAGGUGGACACCGCUUCUAUGCUUCUGUGCCUAUUCGGACGCAGAGAGGCAUCAACAUUGGCGUGCUCUGUGUUGUGAGCCCCGAACCAGAUCGCAGAUGGAUCGACCGCUACUCGAAUUUGAUGCGUAGCCUGUCCGUGGCCAUCAUGGAUCAUCUGGAGGCCAAUUUUUCAAAGGUGGCCUACCGCCGGAGCGAGCGCAUGAUUCGAGGCCUCGGCUACUUCGUCGAAGGAAAGGCCACCGAAUCAUCUUGGGCCUCAGUUGCUGACGGUGACCGGCUCGACCCCAAUCGCAAAAAGGACCGCCCAGGAAAGCCAGCAGCAGAGACGAAAUGGGCCGACAACUUUGUUCCAGGACCCAACCCAAUGAUGGACACGUUUUCUGAAGCCGCCAUGAUCAUCCGCGAGUCGCUGGAGACUGAUGGAUGUCUCUUCCUGGACGCAGCCCCUGGAUCGUUUGGCUCCUAUGGUAAGAGAAAGGGCCGCUCCUCAGGCCACCCUUCUUUCCGAGACAUCGACAGUAGCAGUAACGAUGACGAUGAGGACGACGACGAUAGCGGCAGCGAUUUCGAAGAAGAUGCCGAGCUAGAGUCUCAAGCAGGCGAUGCUGGUGCCAACACCGGCGGUACUAACGGUACCAACGCCGAGGCCAAGCAGUGGCCAACAGCUCAGGUGCUAGGAUAUGCGGCAACGGAAAGCCGGCGGUCCAAGUUUGAGGACGGUUCGCUUCGGAGGAUUAACAUGCCGCAGAAGUUCCUCGCAAAGCUCCUCCAGAGGUAUCCCAAGGGCCACAUCUUCAACUUUGGUGUCAACGGAGAGCUGCAGUCGAGCGACUCGUCCGACGACGACGGUUGGCUGACGGACCUUACCCAAGACGCCAUCUCGCCCCUUCAGCCCGAUCCGCCGCUGCCCCCUCAGGACGACGCCUCCCAGUCUAAGCGACAGAGGCGGCCUUGGGCGCGCCACAACGAGGGAAAGAUUAUCCAAGAAGUGUUUCCCAAGGCCAGGAGCGUUGCCUUUGUCCCCGUCUGGGACCCUAGAAAGCAGAGGUGGUGCGCGGGAGGCUUUGUCUACACCCUGACCCCGACUCGCAUCUUUACCGUGGGAGGAGAGUUGAAUUUCCUACGGGCCGUGAGCAUCUUGGCGAUUGCAGAGACGCUCCGCUUGAAGACUUUUGCAGCUAACCAGGCAAAGUCUGAUGCCCUGAGCUCUCUCUCUCACGAACUGCGCUCUCCCUUGCACGGAGCCGUACUGGGCAUCGAGCUGCUUCGCGACACCGAACUGACCGUCUUCCAGGGCAACAUCGCUCACACCAUCGAGAUUUGCUGCCGCACACUCGUCGACACGGUCGACCACCUCCUCGACUACUCCAAGGUCAAUAGAUUUAUCCAGACGAGACGUACAGGAGGUCAAGCGUCGGAACCUAGAGGGCUACGACCAGGAACAGCCAGAUCGGUCGAAGAAGGCAUGCUCAGUCUCUACAAGCACAUCCGGCUGGACGGCAUCGUCGAAGAGGUCAUGGACGGCGUCUACGCCGGCUUCAAUUUCAUGCACAUGGCCCUGCAGCUCGCCAAGCACAAGAACUCGGCGCACUCAUCGGACUGGACGGCUAUGCGCCGCCUGGACGCCAUGCAAGCUAUGGAGGAGCUGGGGUCCAACGGCAAGAUUGCGCUGGGCGAGGUGACCGUCUUCCUGGAAAUCGAUCACGCCUUCAACUGGCGGUUCUACACGCAGCCCGGCGCCAUUCGACGCAUCGUCAUGAACCUGCUCGGCAACUCGCUCAAGUACACGCAAAAGGGCUCCAUCAAGGUGCGCCUGACCCAGUCUAAGCCGAAGCGCAAAUCGUCUGCCGACGCCAUCGUCCACAUCAUCGUGUCCGACACUGGCAAGGGUAUAGGAGAGGACUAUCUGCGCAACGACCUUUUCAAGCCCUUCUCGCAGGAGGACCAUCUCGCCCCUGGAACCGGCCUGGGUCUCAGCUUCGUCAAGCAGAUUACGUCGCAGCUUAGGGGCCGCGUCAAUGUCGACAGCCGAGUCAACGUGGGCACCAUUGUCAAGGUCUCGCUGCCUCUCAUGCAGACGCUGACACCUCCCGACGGCACCCCUUUACUCGCCGAGAACGAGGGCGAUCUCGACAAGCACGUUGCCGAGGCCGCGGGCCUUCGCGUGCGUCUCCUGGGCUUCGAUAUUGGCAGGCGGGCUAAGCGACGAAUGCUGGAUGGGAGCUACACGGAGCUGCUCGUGGAGGUUGAGCGCAUCUGCCGUGACUGGCUGGGUCUCAACAUCAUCACCGAGGCCGAGGCUGAACAACAGCCGCCCGACUGCGUCAUCUGGAUCGAAGACACGCUUGCCAACUCUCCGCUGGAGAACCUCAUGCAAGGGCCUCCUUGCGUGGUGCUAUGCAAAAACACAUUGGUGGCGUACAAGAGCGCGGCGCAGUUUGAACGGGUCAAAGCGCACCGGAUCUUUGAAUUCGUUGCUCAGCCUAUGGGGCCCCGUAAACUCGCCAAAGCUAUAGCACUAGCCUUCAAGCGCGGCCGCGAACUGAAAGCCAUGCCCCUGUCCCCCAUCACGCCUCGCCAGGAAUUCCUCCCCGUGGUGCCCGACCUCCUCAGCAACGUUAAGACCCAGCUGCCCGCGCCCACGCCGCGCCUUCAAGCGCUGCAGAACCUCCUCACCGAGAGCGAGAAGCCCGCAAAGCCCAGCGUCGCCGUCGUCGAUGCUCCCGCUGCAGACCCCGAGCCUGCCUGCGAGCCCACGCCAGAGUUCCUGCUCGUCGAGGACAACAGCAUCAACCUCGACAUCCUCUCCAUCUACAUGAAGAAGCUCGGCCGCCCCUACCACACGGCGACCAACGGCGCCGAAGCCCUGAGCGCGUACAAGCUCAACCCGAAACACUGCAAGUACAUCUUCAUGGACGUGUCGAUGCCCAUCAUGGAUGGCUUUGAGGCUACGCGCCGCAUCCGUGCCUACGAGCGCGACAACCAGAUCAAGCCCGCCAUCAUCUUCGCCCUCACGGGGCUCGCCUCGGAGAGCGCCCAGCAGGAGGCCUUUGGAAGUGGCGUCGACCUGUUCCUGACCAAGCCCGUCAAGCUUAAGGAGCUGGGCAUGAUCCUCCGGUCCAGGGGCUUGCUUCCCGAGGAGCCCUUGGUGGUUGUGACCAAGAACGGGACUCAUAUGGCCUAG